CCUUCCUGUUUUUGUACGUUUUAAAGAAGCAGGGGAUUCUGGUUUAUUUUUAUUUUGGAUAUUCGCUUGUAGUGGUGAAAGUGGGACCCACAUUUUCUAUUCCCUUCCAUGUAGAGUAACGCUAACCAGCAGUGAUCCACAAGAAAAGAAGAUCCAUGCUUACUGGACCCUGUGUUUUUAUACUGUUCAUUUUGUGGAUAACCAUGGCCCAGAUUCCCGGCCAAGAGGAUAAAGAGAAAACAACUGCACUGAAAGGUGAGCAACUAGACCUGUUGUCCAGGAUAGACCUAGACGAACUCAUGAAGAAAGAUGAACCUCCGCUCACUUUCCCCAAGACACUUGAGGAGUUUGAGUAUGCCUUCAACGAGCAGGGCAGGUUGAGGCACACCAUGACGGGCGAGGCGUUUGUGUUCAACGCCCGGGAGGAUCUCCACAGGUGGAACCAGAAACGCUACGAGGCCCUGGGAGAGAUCAUCACGCAUUAUGUUUACGAACUGCUGGAGACGAAGUGCAACUUGACAAAAGAAAUCGUGCCAGCGGAUGCCACAGAGGAGGAGCCCAGGAGUUUCAUCUACCUGAGUGCUGAUGCCAUGUCCAACCCUGCCAAGCUGCUGGUGCUCAUCCAGGGGGGCGGGGUGGUCCGGGCCGGCCAGUGGGCACGACGCCUCAUCAUCAACGAAGACCUUGACUCAGGAACACAGAUCCCCUUCAUCACCCGCGCCCAGGAGGAAGGCUACAGUGUGAUGGUGCUCAACCCCAAUGAGAACCACCUGGAGGUGGAGAGGCCGGCCAAGCCCGCGCCCCUGCCCUCCCCCGAGGCCUCGGACGAACCCGCCGAGAAGAGAGAGCGCAAGGACGACCGGGAGGGCAAGAAGAAGAGGGACUUCUACGAGAAGUACCGCAACCCGCAGAGGGAGAGCGAGACGGAACAGAUCCCCAUACGGGAAAACGGCUCCCCCGAGGAACACGUGCUCUACGUGUGGGACCACUUUGUGUCCAAAGCCGCCGCCAGGAACGUCUUUGUCGUGGCGCACAGCUACGGAGGCCUGUCGUUGGUGGAGCUGAUGAUUCAGAGAGAGUCACAGGUGAAGAACAGGGUGUGUGCUGUGGCCAUGACCGACUCAAUCCACAACAUCUGGCACCAGGAUGCCAGCAAGAGCAUCCAGGAGUGGCUGCAGCAGCACUGCCGUAACUGGGUGUCAAGCCCCGAGCCCCUGGACACACCGGUGGAGCCCAUGCUAUCAGACUGUCCUCGCGUCUCUGCAGGUACAGAGCGACACGAGCUGACAUCGUGGAGGAGUUUCAACUCCAUUUUCCAGUUCUUCAGUGAGGCUUUACCGACUGGGGAGGAGGAGGAGACCUCCAACACGGUCACUACACGCAGCUCCCACAGAACCAAACACGACCAUGACCACAACCACAACGACUUAUAGAACUACACCAACAGGAGGGAAAACACAGGGGGGGUGGAGGUGCCAAAUCCUCUCCAUUUUCCCUCCCCACUUCCUUCCUUCCUUCCUCAUCUCUGUGUGAUCUCUCUCUUCUGGCUGAACUUAUCUCCUGGCUCGCACAUGCAUUGUUUUACUGGCAUAGUGCAGGGUGGUAGUGUAUACAUCACAAUAGCGUUUUGCGUUAUUUCUAGAUGAGCGCAACUGUCAAAGCAAUAUGGGCUGAGUGUUUGCGUUUCCCGUGGGCUGUGGCUUGGCUGUGGUCUGGGCCACGGAGCAGCGGCAGCAGUAGCUGAGAUUAAGGCUGACAGGCACUGUGCACAGUGCUCCGUGGUAUACCUCUAAUUGUCCUGACAUCGCCCUGAACUGAGCUAAUGCCCCGGCAGCCCUCCCCAACCACUCCCCCAGGUCCUAGAGCUCGCCCUACCGACGCAGUCCUCCUCAACCCACACCACUCGUACACUUGGCAUAUCUCCCUCCCUCAACCCAACCCCCUACCGUCACCCCAAACGAGGGUUUUAAAUAGAGUAAACAUGCUCCAUUAACAUGUGAUCAUUUUAAUGUAAAGUGAGUGUGUUGUUUUUGUGGCUCCCUAGUCCCUUCCCUUCCUUUCCCUUACCAUCUCCAAACAAACAAACACACACACUUUUUAAAACGAUAAUGACAUUUUCUGUCAAAUGUGGUCCUAUUUAUAUGGGGGGUUGCACUGCACUGUUUAUGACAGCUGAUAUACUGGUGGUGUUUUUAUUUUAUUUUUAUCUUACUUUCACUCAAUGUUUAGUUGGAUUUUUAUGCACUCUAAUAACUUGGAUUUGAUUUUGUAUCAGACCAAAUGAAGUCCCAAGUCAUAAAUGUUGACUUGAGGUUGUCUAUGAUUUUUAAUUUGUAAAAAUGUGUCUUUUUUGACUCUACCCUUUUUUCUGUUUGAGAUCCAUGAAAUUGAUGUCCCCAGAUGAUUGAAUUUGAGGAAACAAAUGAAACAACCAUAACCUGUGCUAGAUAUGAGAAUUCAAGACACUGAGCAGAUUUUAAAUCACUUAAAGCCCAGCAUCAAAAUGAGUUUUAGGGAUAUCUCAUUUGAACAGAAACAAGUCAGUCAGUUCCACAGUAAUAAACUUCAAUAUAUCCCCAUGCACGUGUUGGGAAAUCCAAUAUUUCAAUAUUAUCCUAAGCCUAGAUGAUGUGUCUUCAGAUGUUGGGAGAAAUGUAUUUAACAAACACUUGCCUCAAGUGCAAAUGUAAACGUGACAAAGAAGAGGGCCCUGCAUGGCUCAGCUUCGCAUACUCUCAAUCUGGGACAUAAACGAGAAAAAAUAUAUUUCCACGAUGUUCUAGUAAAUUAUAAAUCACUCAAAGAUUAAUGGAAUAUCCUUCUAAUAUGCCCAGAUAUUAGUAUCAUCAAAAGGAGACAGCCCAUAUAUACACCUCCCAGACAUGUUUACCUUUCCACGGCUUCAGUCGACGUAUUUAUAAGGAGUGACACGAAAUGUAUUGGUAUACAUUAUACUUUUUUAAUUCUGUGUAAAUAACAGCCACUGGGUGAUAUUUUGAGGCUUUUGUAGGUUAUUAAACACUUCAUUGUUUUUGUCAGUAAUGAGGGAAGCAGUGUGUGAGCUGUUGUAAUUUUCAUAUAAUUUUAUUAAUGUCUCUUUGGAUAUCACUCAUGAAGUUAACUUGUUUGAUUUGGGAAUAUACGGACUGGCGGAGAAGUUUAAUUUCAGGAUGCUGUGUGCUCCCUUUGCGUGUAGGAAUUAACAGUUGCUAUUUUACUUCAUUAUGUGUUUACUGUUGCCUUAGGAAUAAACAACACACUAUGUUCACUGGUAUUUUUAAUAAAGGGGUCGUUCCACGAAA